AUGACCAGCAAUGGCUUACGCACCCAGUACCCCUACGUCGGGGACACACUCAGCCCGCGCGCCCUCUACGACUUUCCCUCACCAACUUCAAACUACCAGUCAGGCAUCAAUGGCACUGCAUCGCCGAGCUUCUUCCCCAUGGCAUACCAGAUCUCCCCACGAUUCGGUGCCAGUGCCUUCAUCCCGCCCCCAGAAGUCUUCGUAGACGGCCGCAGGGAGACGAUCCGCGAGAAUGGCAUGUACACACCUCGCAACUCGGGCAAGCGAAGCUCCGACGCCCUGAACACCGACCCAGUGGCCAUGCAUUUGCUCGUUGAGACGGCAAUUGGAGAUAGCCAAUAUUUCGAUAUUCUGAGCGUGGAGGAGGUAGAAGCGCUCAAGCAGGAGCAGAAGGGUCUGGACACACGGCUGGGUACUGUCAGGCGGAAGCUAGAGUCCGAGACCAAGAUUCGCGAUGCGACACGCUCACUGGGACGACUAGCCCAGAAGAAAGCCGGACACAAGCGCGGCCAGAGCAGCAAGAGCAACAAAAGCAGCAAAGGCAGUAACGCCGUGCAGGAAUAUGACCCCAAGGACCAAGAGGGCCUUGAAUCAAGCAACAGAAAGGUUGAGGAGUUUAUACGGGAGUGCUUGGAGAUUGAGUCUCGCAUGCGCAUGAUCGAUAUGCAACUGCUGAUGCACACUGCCGCUGUACUUCAGCUUACCCACAAGGGCCCCAAGCACCGUGAAGACGAUACCGAGCUAUCGGAGGACCGGUUCCGGAGACCAGACAGCCCCGCGAGCCUAAACACUUACGAAGACGGCAGAUUGGGCGGUAUUCGUGGAGGCGAGUUCGAUGAACGGAGCUUCUACAGGUCCCCAGAGAAUCUCGACAACCUUAUGAACGUGCUGCAAAGUGGUAAACAUCUGACAGCUGCGUCGGAGCGUCAAGACCAAGCGUUGAACGCGACUGCCGCACGACUCCAAGAGAUAAACGAGCGUAUAAGAUCGCUCAUCAUUGAGGCCAAUCCCGAGCGCGACAACGACUUUUCACUACCGCCAUUGGCUCUCGAAGGAACGCCCGACGCUACAACCCUGGACCGCCAGCUCGAUUUCCUCGAUCAAGGUCUUCGCAGUAUCAGCGCUGAACAGAUGAACAUCCGCAACAACUCGAGACACACUCUUAACGAAGUCGAGGGCCGUCUUGAGGGCAUCAACAAUCAGUUAUAUGCCGUGAUAUCUCGAUCCGACAGUGAACAGGCCGACAAACUCCCACCUCCACCCGCCAUCACGGGAGGUGGCUCCACCGAACAGCUCAACUACAUGGAAGACUCCUUCUACAACCUUGAGCAAAUUCAGUAUGCGAUGAACGAGCAAAUCAACGAGCUCCGCUCCAGGGCUCCUGUUACUGUCAGUGAUGGUUCAGAAGCUGCGGAAAAGGCAGAGAAGUACGAGACUACCAUCAUGGGCCUUUGGCAAAUGAUUCUGGCUGGAGAAGAAGAGGCACGUGAACGGAAACGUGAACGACGACGACUACUCUCUGAAGACCCUGAUGCCAAUGAGCAACUCUCGCCGGACGAGGACUACAAUGCCAACGAGACAUACUCACUUACUGCAUUCUCUUCCAAGGUUCAGUGGCUAUCCAGCCGGGCAGCCAGUCUCAAAGACAAGCAGUCCGUCCUAAUGCGCCAAAUCAAGCAGCAACGUGAGCUAAACAGCAAGUCCGAUGCGCAGAAAGAGGCAGAAUUUGAGCGACUCAACACGCAGGUCCUCAGUGCAAGGUCCGAGAAGAAGUCGAUGGAGGGUGAGCUCGAGCGUGCAAUGGAGCAGCUACAGCAGUUCGAUGAGCACAAGAUUCAGAAUGACUCGCAGAUUUUGCGCGAGACGCAAGAGCGAAAUGCAGGUCUGGAGGCUCAGCUCAUCAACGUUCAAGAGCGAGUGAUGGCUUUCGAGUCUGAGUUGAAGGAGGCCAAACAACGUGCUGUCGCGUACGAAAAUCAACUGAGGGACGUGCAAGAGCAGGCUGUAAACUUCCAAAGCAAGAUGCAAGAUGCUGAGAAACGCGCUGCUACAUUCGAAGAAGAACUGAAGGAUCACCAAGAGCGCAACACCGCGUACAAUGUCUCGUCAAGAGAGGCAGAGGAUCGCACCGCUGGCUACGAAGCUCAGGUUCGGGAUGCACAGGAACGAGCUCUCAAGCUGGAGAGAGAACUCAGGGACGCUCAAGACAGUGCCCGUAGUGAAGCGGCAACGAUUCAAGCCGAACUAACUACCUCUGCGCAGAAGAUCCAAGAGGUUACAGCAGCUCUCCAGGCUGUGACGGCCGAGAAGGAGGAGGCAGAGGCGCGCUCCUUGGACGCCACCAACACUCUGAACGCAAAGGAAGAAGAGUUCCGCAGCCUCGAAGGCGAGAUCGUUCGUCUCACCACUGAGCUUACCUUUGCCAAAGCAGAGCUUGACGGCGCUUACGGUACUCGCGCACAACGUGCUGCCGAUUCGGCUGCAAAUCCCGCCAUUAAGAGGGAGUUGGAUGAGCUCGCCGAGCAGAACCAGGCGCUCCUGGGUGAACUGGAAGCGCUUCGCAAGGUCCAAGACGUUGCCUCUCAGUCCGAAGCUGAGGCCCGCCAAUCUGAGCGUAAUCUCAAGGCCGAGCUCAAAGGCAUGGCUGCUGAGUACGAAGCCCUCACUCGUGAUGCUAUCCAGAACGAGAAGGACCGUGAAGUCCUCGAAGGGCAGAUCGACAAGCUCCGCGACGACAAGGAAGCCCUGGAGCGCGAACUCAGUGACGAGAAGGUCAAGUGGCUUGGAGUCAGGAGCCCAGGCAUGCCGAAUGGCGCUGCUGCUCAGCUUGACAUGGGUGCGACUAGCAUUCGCAUGUUGAGAGAAGACUUCAGGAAGAUGAUGCGGGAUCGAACAGCGGAGGGCCUAAAGGCAUUGAGAGCGGAACAAGAAGAACGACGGAAGCUUGAAGCAGUCGUUCGUCAGCUACGGAAAGAUGCGAUGCCACAACGCUCUAAUCUCUCAAGGACCAUGACGACACCACAAUAG